UCAAGAAAUGAAAGUUGAUUGACAUUCAAUGUACAGUAUUUAUAACGUAUUUAAUGACGUUUAUCGAAAAUAAUAAUAAGAGCUAUUAAUUGAUUCAGUAUAAUUUGGAGGAUGGACACGUGUGUCAGAGGUUUCUCAUUCAUGCCUGAAGAUAACGCAGCCAACGAGUUAAAGUACAUUGAAGGCGAAGAGUUAGAAAGAACCUGGAAGUCUACCAGAAGGUUACGAGUAAAGAAAAGAGAAGAAAAAAUAUGGGAUGAAUUCGUCAAAGAACAAGAUAUCGUGCAUUCUGUGUGUGAAGAUGAUCCAUAUCAAUUCUUAGAAGAACUUCCCGAAGAAUGCUUGAAAGAACUAAUGAAAUCUGAACUGCAGAAGAUGAAGAACGAACAAAUUCUUGAAGAGCUGGAGGCCUUUCAAUCUGAUGAUGCACAACAAUACAUGGUAGAAGAUGACGUGCACGCUCCACAACACGUAGAAGAAGUUCACCAUAUCAGUUACAAUGAAGAUGACGAGGGAGACGAUGGAGUAUUUCAUAUUUUCGACUCAGAAAAGGAUGACAUUUCUGGUCAAGAAGACAAUCAAAUUGAUUCCACAGGCAGUCCGUGCACAGUCCGCGAGAAUAAAGACGACGCGCAGUCGUCGACGGACUCUCCGGAACUUCGGUUAUCCGGGAGAAAAGAGAAACCGGCCGAGAAUGUGGCCCACGUGAUUGAGAGCAGCAUCUACUGCGCCAAAGUUAAAGAUUUAAGGACGAAACUAUGUGAAGAACUCUCAUCUAUAGUAACUACGCUGGAGAACCAAGAUCUAUCGUCGAUUGAGGGUAACGAGUUGGCCAGAAUGUGCAAGAGAUCCAAUGAAUUCUGCAUACGAUUCAACAGAAUACAUAUGUACCAGUUGCAGAGGCAGCUCCAAGACUUGAAACGUCACACGAGAAAUGCUCUGCCGUUUGCCAAACACACCCAGUUCCAGUCACUGAUGGUGAGGGUGGUGUCCCUGCAUCAGAACAUGCUUCAGGCUUACCAGGUCUUCAACAAGUCAAUAGAGCAGACGGCUUGUCUACGUGAGAGUUCAACUGCGCUCGCAGCGCUCAUCCAAGCGACUAGACAAGCUUCUGACCUUUGCAAAAGUGCACCAGCGCCCAAAGACUUUGCCGCCAUUACUGACCUCUAUAAUGACGAACUACUGGUGUCGUGCCAGGAGCUAGAAGCAUCGAUGCAUGUUUACAAUUCAAAGGUCACGGAAUACAUGCAGGACAACGAUACUAACAGCUUAGCCACCUCAAGGAAGUCCAACAGAAAGUGUUUCGGGAAGAAAUCAGGUGUCAGAGCUUGGUCGAAACCUGGUCCUAGAUCUGGUAAUUAUUUCAUUGAUCUUAAAAUAAAAUCUUUUGAAUUAGUCUCAAUUAGAUUUCCAUGUCAGGAGGACGAGCCUACGGCUCACCUAGCCUUAAAUGGUUACGACAACCCAUAG